AUGGACGUGCAAAUGUUUUCAGUCGUCGUGCCCAGCAGCCCUGACAUCCGGGGCGAAGGCAAACCCCGACGCAGUGUCCUCUGCCCUGAAAAGUUGCUUGAGAAUUAUUCGUCCAUCAAAGCCGGUACAACCAUUAGGACCCUGCACGACAAUUUCCUUGAAGGCGUCCUUCGCGCAGAUGGGGGAGAAUUUAUCGGCCACCGACCCGUUGUUGAUGGUGCUCCUCAGGCCUACGUUUGGCAAUCCUACCCCAAGACCUACGAACGCAUCACGAACUUUGGUGCUGGCUUGUCCCAACUGGGCAUUGCUCCCAAGCAAACCUUCGGAAUCUUCUCUAUCAAUAGCCCCGAAUGGACGAUGAGCGAACUGGCAGGUUAUAUGCACAAUUAUAUUUCGGUACCAUUGUACGAUACGUUGGGGAUGGCCGCUAUCGAGUAUAUUGUGAACCAGACCGAGAUGGAAAUCAUCAUCGCUUCAUCUGACAAGGCAGAAAUUAUUCUCGACUUGAAGCCGAACUUGCCAACAGUCAAGACUCUCGUUAUUAUAGGUGAUGUGGACGAGUCUUUGGUGACCGAAGGCAAGGAACUGGAGCUCAAUAUUGUAUCCUGGACUGAUGUCGAGCUCAGCGGUCUCGAACGUCCCGUCCAGGCUCUCCACCCCACAGAAGACGACGUCGCGACAAUCUGCUAUACCUCAGGAACGACUGGGACACCAAAAGGCGCUGUCCUGACGCACAAGAACUUCGUGGCCACGAUCGCCUCCUUCCAACUGAUGGCAGAGCACGGAAAGUUCUGCGACUUGAGCAACAAUGAUACCCAUAUUUCAUAUCUUCCUCUUGCCCACGUCUUCGAGCGUCUCUGCCAGGGAGUCAUGAUCUCGAGAGCUGCCCGCAUUGGAUACUAUCAAGGAGACACCCUGAAACUGCUGGACGAUGUUGCUGUGCUGCAACCAACUAUUUUUGUUUCUGUACCUCGGCUCUUCAACCGUAUUUACGACAAAGUUAUGGCAGGCGUAAAGGCCAAGGGCGGUCUAGCAGCCUUCCUCUUCAACCGUGCCUACAGUGCCAAGAAGGCCAAUCUGGCAAAUGGAAUCAUAGAGCACGCGUUCUGGGAUCGAAUGGUCUUUGGCUCCAUCCGUGCACGCCUGGGCGGAAAGGUGAAGCACAUUAUUUCGGCAUCUGCUCCUAUCUCUCCUGAUGUCAUGGAUUUUCUCCGCAUCUGCUUUAGCGCAGAUGUCUACGAGGGCUACGGUCAGACAGAGCAGGCCGCAGGGUUGAGCAUAAGUUACCGUGGUGACCUGACGCCAGGGCAAGUUGGACCUCCACAGCUUUGCGUGGAGGUUAAACUUCGAGAUAUUCCCAGCAUGAACUACACCAGUCAGGAUGAGCCGUUCCCUCGAGGUGAGAUUCUGCUGCGCGGAACGUCAGUCUUCAAGGGCUACUUCAAAUCCCCUCAGCUGACAGCAGAGACUCUGGACGCUGAUGGAUGGUCGAGCACCGGCGACGUUGGUAUGUGGGAUGGCCUGGGUCGCUUGAUCCUGAUCGAUCGUGUAAAAAACAUCUUCAAGCUGGCGCAGGGAGAAUAUAUCGCACCGGAGAAAAUCGAGGCCAUUCUGGCGAAGCACCACCUGGUAGCACAAGUCUUUGUGUAUGGAUACUCUCUUGAGGCACACGUGGUAGGAGUAGUUGUGCCUGAUGCUGAUACACUCAAACUGUGGGCGGAUGAGCACGGAUUGGGGGAUAAAUCGUUCGAAGAGCUGUGCGCUGAACCUAUGGCGAAGGAGACAUUGCUGAAGGAGCUUGCCGCGUUUGGACGGGACUCGGACUUGAAGGGCUUUGAGAUCCUUAAGAAUAUCCAUCUUUCGCCCGAACCCUUCUUUAUUGAGAACGACCUUUUGACUCCCACUUUCAAGUUGAAGAGACACACCGCAAAGGCCAAGUAUGGCGCCGAGAUUGACCGCAUGUACAAAGAAAUCAGUUAA